CAUUGCACGUUUGGUAGACACAGCCCAGUUUGCUAGCGACAAUGUGAAGAGUGCGUGGCGCUGGCAGAGGAGGAGGAAGAGGAGGAGGAGGGGAUUCACGUAUUGUAUCUCAUGUCCCUCGAUGCCAACUUGCACCAAAGAGGGCCAAACAAGAUGCUCGUCGCGCGUAGUCGCACGCAUGCAACAACCAUUGUGCCAGCAAACGACUGUACUUAACUUCCACGUCAUGAAGCUGAGUCACUCUGAGAUCACGGAGCUCACUGCGCUCCUAUCCUCUAUUCAGGAUCCGAAUCCCAGUAUAGCCUCGCUGCUGAGGAGACUGUCAACGCAACGGGACAACUCGAAUGAUACAGAUUGCAACGCUGUCCAGAGUAUUGGGGUUGCAAGUCAAGAGGCCGUGCAUACUGCACACGGUAUUGAGAAUCAAAUCUCACACGUUGUUCAAGUUGACGAAUCUACCAGUAGCGUUCAUGCGUCCGUCAGCGGCAGUGGACAUACUCAAAUCGAGCAACUUAUUGUCGGGAACCAGCCUUCGUACAGUGUCACAACAGUACCAGAUCCUGGGCGCCACACGACUGGACCAAUUCGCCCUCCUAGGUCCCGUCGUAAACUGGUUUCGGCGCUGUACGACCGCACGUCAGGGCCCACAGAGAAUGGUCAGCAGAAUCAGGUAGCACAAUUCCCACUUGGGCCCUGUAUACAGUGGGUUGCCAGCGAGAAACAACCGCACACGGCGUGGGACAUGGCGUCGAAACCGUACGAAGUUGCGAGUACUCCAGUGGUGAAUUUCUUCAACACCCUCACUGCGUGCAACGUCAAGGAUGAUGUUGCACGCAGCGCACGAUUGACUUUGUUGCCGUUUCAAGCGUCGCACGGAGAGCGGAGCGAGACGCUCUCUCAGCUGGCACAACGAUGCACGGAGAUGGAUCACAAGCAGGGACUCUUUGACUUCCGUCUUAUGAUCGCUCUCAUUAGGUUCGCCUUCGAGUGUGCAAGUUUGUCGGGCUGGACAGACGUCAAUAUUUCAGCUUUGUGGCGUGAACAACUAUCAAUUCAGGCUAAGCCGCCCAGCUAACGCACCGUGCAGUCUUGGUACUCGAAAGGUAGCAAGCUUGCGGCGGUUGCGGCGGGAGGGUCUAUCUAUUUACUUCUAUGGAU